AUGCCUAAUGUUUGCGACACAUUGGAAUUAAUCGCAUGUUUUAUUCCCAUUCUUUGGAGGAAAAAUUAUGGAUCAAAGGCUUGUUUACCUUCGAUGGUAGCGAUUCAACUCGGUCUUCAAUAUGAACAGCUUUUGCUAGAAAGUUCGAUAUUCGAAUGUUUUUGAACUAGUCAACCAGGAUCCAAAGUUAUGUUGCUUGCUAUCCUACCCUUCUUCCUUCUGCCACUCGCAUUUGCGGGCAAUGUGGAUAUCGAAGAAUGUGUUAAACAAGUUGGUAAUCCUUCUAAAAAACGACCAACUGUGGAUUCAUGUCGAGAAGAUCCAGCUUGCCCAUCAAUAUUUGUCUAUGAAGCUAAUAAUGAUCAAGCAAAUAACCUGAAUAUGCAAAUAUUCAAGAAUCUAACCAAAAUCUUUUGCACUGCAGGUAAUGCAACUUCGUCGUCAACUUGCACCGAUUUACACCCUCAAUGUCGAGAAAAUGCCCGGUAUUGCAAUAUCGGCGACUAUGCCGUUGUAAUGAGAAGAGUUUGCAGAUUAACUUGUCGUCACUGUACUCCUUAG